GGGCCUACCCGCCCAGCCUGCGUCGCGCCGGGGCUGCGAUCGCUGCCGUUGCGACGCCCCGCGGCUCGCGGCUCGGCACGGGCGAGGACGGCUACGCUGUGGGGCGCGGCAAGUGGCACACAGCGCUGCUGCGGGCCGCGGGAGUCGACGCUGCCACCUCCGGACCUCGGCUCGACCCGCCCCCUGCCGACGGAGUCCGCGAGUGGCCCCUCGGAGCCCGCUCCCGGGGAGGCUGCGACCACCGCUGGCUCACUCCACGGGCGCCCCCGCUCGGCCAAGGCGGAGCCCUGGCCCCGAGGUGCCCGCGGGCUGCCGCCCGCGCCGCCCGCGUCGGCAAGCGGGGUGCCGCGGCAACGGCGACCCUUGCCAAGGAGGUGACGACUCGCCAGCACCACCUGAAGUCUCAGAGCGGCUCGGCCAAGACCGCCGCCGUCGACGAGGGCUGGCACCGCAGGGCCGUGCGUUUUCACGACCGCGCGCUGCCCACCAACCUCGGGGGGCGCGACAGGAUCCUGGGGGCGUUCGUGCCGGAGCUCUACUCCGACGGCCAGGCGGUCGGCCCCCGGUCGCCUCGCGCCGAGCGCACCCUCCAGGGGUGGCGCAAGGAGGAGCCCGAGGUGGCCCGCGACCCUUACCCGCGGGUCGCCAUGGCUCUCACCGUGGAGCAGCUGGAGAAGCAGAGGGCCCCGCGGCAGGACGGUUGCUUCCAGCCCCCGGAGGUGCUCAACAUCCGGCUGGCCGGCGUCGCCGACGUCGGCGCGGGGACGGCCAAGUACGACGACUCCGUGCUGACUCACGACAGAGCCCCCGUGGCCGCUGGACAAACGUACCUCCAAAAGCUGAUGGAGGCGCUGCUGGCGGACGCGGGGACGUCGGGCUCUGCAAAGCUCUUCCCGACCCUGGCGCUCGCGAAUUUCGAGCGCCUCUUCAGGAAGACUGCUGCCGACGCCGGCCUGGCAGAGCUGCGCCUCGCGCCACACAGGCGGCGCCACAGCGUCCCGAGCGAGGAAGUGCUCGGCCGCCACCGUUCGAUUGCAGAGGUCCAGGAGCGCGGCCGUUAGGGGGCGAAGGCCAGCGUAGAACUACGCCAAAGGCAGCCGUGUCCCUCCCCAGGCCCGUAUGAUGACGGACCUGCAGCCGCGCUACAGCACCGCUCUCACGCGCC